UUGCAAAUAUAGAUCAUAUCGAUCAUUAAUAUUGUCAAAUCACUGUAAUAUAAUUAAUAAAAAUUCACAUAUGUAUUCUUAAACUUGAUGCGUGUACAUAUAUUACACGAAUACGCGCGUGCGCACAUACACACACACAUAUACAUUAUUGACAAUUGACAGAUGAAUACAGUAGAAUAAAUAUUGACAUUAGAAAUAAUUUAUUUUUAUAGAAUAAUUUGUUCAUAUAAUUACACAUAAAAACUUAAUCAAAGUUUAAUAAUGUGUAGAAGAAUUUGGAAGUUUCUUUGUAUUACAAGUAAAUGUUAAAUAUUUCAAAUUUACAGUAGGAGAACGCAUUCUCAUCAUAUACGUCAGAUGAAUAUCAAUACAUGCAGAUGAGUAAAGUUCCAACGAUGCAUUUUCAACCUUCCUUACCUCGUUUACCAAUUCCUAAGCUUGAAAACUCAUGUCAAAGGUAUUUAAAUGCACAACGACCUAUUAUAAAUGAAGAACAAUUCUGCAAAGUUGAGUCUUUAGUUAAAUGCUUUCUUAAUGAAGAUGGACCCACAUUACAAAAAGAGCUUAUUCAAAAAGAUUCUAAGAAUCGUCAUACAAGUUAUAUUAGUGAACCUUGGUUUGAUAUGUAUUUGAAAGAUCGUAAACCAUUACCCAUUAAUUAUAAUCCUUUUCUAGUAUUUUUGCCAGAAACUGAUACACGAUACAAUGAUCAGUUGGUAAGAUCUACUAAUCUUGUUAUAUCUUCAUUAAGAUUUAUGAAAUCUUUAAGAAAAGAAAUUUUAAUACCAGAAGUAUAUCACAUUAAUCCUAAAAAAUCAGAUACUGAGUUCUUUAAAAAAGUUACAGGAUUACUUCCAUCUAGUAUAAGUUGGGCUGGUGCUUAUUUGUUUAAGGCUUUUCCAUUGGAUAUGUCACAAUAUCAACAUCUCUUCAAUACAAGUAGGAUACCGCAACAAGGAAAAGAUCAAAUUUAUCAUGAUGCUAAAGGACGUCAUUUAAUUGUAAUGCGUAAAGGUCAUUUCUAUGCAGUUGAUGUUUUGGAUGAAAAUGACUAUAUUCGACAACCUAAUGAAAUAGCUGCUUCCUUAAAAUUAAUUUUGGAAGAUGAUAAACCUUACAAUACAUAUCCUAUUGGCGUAUUAACAACAUCAGAACGUAAUAAGUGGGCAUCUGCUAGAUUACAUUUAAUAGAUAUAGGAAAUGAAAAUAAUUUCCAAAAAAUAGAUUCAGCUUUAUUCACUUUGAUAUUGGAUGAUGAUCAUAUCGGUGAUGAUUACAAUAAAUUAUUUAAAACAUACCUUCAUGCUGAUGGAACAAAUCGUUGGUUUGAUAAAUCUUUUUGUUUAAUUGUUACAAAAGAUGGAUAUGCUGGUUUGAAUUUUGAGCAUUCUUGGGGAGAUGGAGUAUCAGUUCUUAGAUAUUUUAAUGAUGUACAAGCAGAUAUGUCAAAAAAACCAAGAUUUCAUCCUGAAAAUGUGAAAGAUCUUUCUGCUAGGCAUGUUUUAAAAGUAGACAAACUUGAAUUUGUAUUGGAUUCAAAAAUUAAACACAUUAUUGACGAAGAACGAAAAAAUUAUGAAAUGUGGGUAAAGCAAUUACUUUUAAGUCAUGUUUUAUAUGAAGGAUUUGGUAAAGACGAAAGUAAACAAAUAGGGAUUAGUACAGAUGCAGUAAUGCAAUUGGCAUUUCAAUUAGCAUACUAUGAACAGGAAGGUCAAAUGGUACCGACUUAUGAACCCUGUAGUACAGCAGCUUUUAAACAUGGGCGCACAGAAACUAUUAGAUCAUGUACUUCCCAAACUAAAGCUGCUUGUAUAGCUUUAACACAGAAAAAUAAUAAUAUUUCUACUGCAGAACUUAAAAAAUUGAUUUUUGAUUGUAGUCUUACACACAAUAAACUCAUAAAAGAAGCUGCCAUGGGACAAGGAUUUGAUAGACAUUUAUUUAGCUUAAAAACAAUUUGUGAAAAAUCAGGUACACGUAUGCCUGCUAUAUUUGAAGAUCCAUCAUACAAUUAUUUCAAUCAUUAUAUAUUGUCUACUUCUACUUUAUCAAGUCCUGCAUUACUUUGCGGUGGUUUUGGGCCUGUCGUAAAUGAUGGAUAUGGAAUUGGGUACCUAAUACAAGAUAAUAUGGUGGGUGCUAUAGUAAGUGGUUAUCAAGGGCAUCGUAAUGUCACCGAUUAUGUCAAAAACUUAGAGAAUGCAUUGAAAAAAAUUCAUAGACUAUUAAUAAGUAAAUAAUAUAAAAUUUGAUAACAUAUGCAAAUGUUAAAAG